CAGUAGCAGUAGUAGCAGUAGUAGCAGUUCUUCUGACAGUGACUCAGGUUAUAAACAUCAUGGCAAAAAACAUAAAGUCAAAAAGCUUAAGAAACAUAAACAUAAGUAUUGAGGCUUGAGCAGCUCAUUUGCUUAGCAGUAGGGGUGAGGUUAGAAGAAAAGUGGGGUAUUUCCCUGAGCUUCAGUUUGAACUGUGCCUGCUUACUGCAGUUAGUAAAAAAACAUUGUGUAUUAAUUUAGUUUUUUCUAAUUGGGUUUUGACAUUAGUAUAAUUGAAUUACUUUACUGUAGUUGCUCUGGUACUAGCCCCCUCCCACCUCCUGCUUGAACAUAAAAUUUUGGGGGUGGGGUUAUACCCAGGAAAUCCCAAUUUCAAUCAAAAGGUGAUUUUUUAGCCCUGCAUGCCUAAUUUAAAGACAAUAUUCAAUUUUCUUUUUGAGUAUUUGUAAAAUUCAGCUUAGAUACUCAUUCAAAUCAUAACUGCUGGGCUUUUUCCUGAGGAAAGGCUAGUAUGUAAAAUUAGGCAUAAAAUAUGGGCUGGGAUUAUACUCGAGGAACUAUGGUAUUGGCAUCAUUUUCAUCAUGUGGUAAUGAGUAUAAAUAGUUGGAUAUUCUUAAGUAUAUUUGUGACCGGUUUAUUUUUUACCUUCAUUUUAAUUGGUUUACUGUAUUGUUAUUAGUUUAGUCCCACUUUGAUUGAUUUACAUUAUUCUUCAAUACUUUUAAUUAUACCAAGGAUAAAUUAAUUUUUCAUUUAUAUAUUUAUUAUAUACACCCACCUGAAUAUGACCAUUGUAUUAUGGCACCUCAAUGUGGCUGGAAAUGGCACUCUCAGACUUAAAUAUGAAUAUUAUUUUUUUUCUCUAUUUUUUUAUGAUUUUGGAAAAUUUGAGGUUCGGGGAUGGGGGGGGGGUCAUUAGUGACAUAACUGAAAUGUAUAAUUUGUUUACAAUAAUGACUAGAUGUAACACAGUGUUUUUAAAGAUUUGUUAGAAGUAAAAAAAAACUUUGAUGAAAUUAAUUGAAAUUUUUUAAAGUGAAAUAUUCCAAUUAAUAGCAAUAUUUUAUUAUAUAUUUAUCAAUUUUAAGUAUUUAUUUCAUAUUGUUCAAUAUAAUAUAUAUAUACAGUAUACAUUAAACACAUAUGUGCUAGGAUGCUGCAGCUUCAUUAGUAUACCUGGCGGUGUCAGGAGGAGAGAGCUGGUAAGAUCAAAGCUUAAGUAUUGUGCUUUCUUUGUUUGCUUUGUUACAUUUUAUUCUGGUGAUCUUUCCCUUUUGGAGUUUUUGAAUAAAUUUGAAUUAUACUCGAAAA